AUGGCCACCCCGACAUCGCCCGUCGCUGACGUCCUGACGUCGACCCUCAAACGCACCAAGAUCGUGCUGCUAGGGGACCAGAGUGUGGGGAAGACCAGUCUAAUCACACGAUUCAUGUAUGACACAUUCGAUAACACGUACCAAGCCACGAUAGGCAUCGACUUUCUCAGCAAGACGCUGUAUCUCGAUGACCGGACAGUGCGGCUUCAGCUCUGGGAUACUGCAGGACAGGAGCGCUUCCGCUCACUCAUCCCAUCAUACAUCCGAGACUCCACUGUUGCCAUCGUUGUCUUCGAUAUCACAAAUCGGCAGUCGUUCUUGUCGACAUCAAAAUGGAUAGAUGACGUGCGGUCAGAGCGAGGGAAUGACGUGAUGGUCGUGCUGGUGGGCAACAAGGCCGACUUGUCAGACAAACGCCAAGUCACGCUGGAGGAAGCUACAGCCAAGUCACAACAGCUGAACAUCAUGUUUAUGGAAACCUCUGCAAAGGCAGGGCAUAACGUCAAGAGCUUGUUCAAGAAGAUCGCUAUGUCGCUCCCCGGCAUGGAGAAAGAAAAUCAGAAUGCGGAGGCGCAGAAUACGAAAAUUGACGUCACCUCGCCAGCAACGAACGAAGUACCAGAAGCAUCUCAGUGCCAAUGUUAG